AAAAGAAGAAUGACUAUGGUUAUGUUUGUAAACUAAAAAAACUUAAAUUUUAUUCUAUUUAUAUUUAUAACAAAAUAUCACUACGAUAAUGUUUCCAUAAUACCUGUGAUAGUAGUAGUAUUAAUUCAUUCUUAAUAUUCCUGUUAGUAGGCUGGUAAAAUGUAUUUAGGUCACAUAUGGAGAAUCCUGCAUUGGGGUCCUCUCACCGCCAUAGGUGAGCAUUUUGCUGUGCUAGUCGAAUCGACGACUGAAUUUCUAAUUAAAUCCAUCGUUUUAGGAAUCAUUAAAGUAGUUACCGCUAUGACUAUUCACUGUUCGAACAUGUGGUGGCCCAAGCACACAGUAGGCGGCAAAAUUAACUUUGUGGUGUUCGUAACGUUCUCAGGGCUUACUAUUUAUAAUUUUCUCUCUGCGUUAUGCCACGGUCCCGGUUAUUUGCCGCUAAACUGGAUGCCAAAGAAAGAAGAGCAUUGUAAAUUCUUGCAGUUCUGCGUAGAAUGCCAAGGUUACAAAGCUCCCAGAUCUCAUCAUUGCAGGAAAUGCCGUCGUUGCGUUUUAAAAAUGGAUCAUCAUUGCCCUUGGAUUAACAACUGCGUAGGCUGGGGGAAUCACGCACAUUUUAUAUUUUUCCUAACGUUUGCUACAUUAGGAUGCUUGCAAUCGUCUAUUAUACUAGGUUGUUCGUUGUAUAAAUCUAUCCACAGAGUGUAUUAUUUCCACUUAGGGGAGCCCAUUAUUAAUCUAGGCUUGUACGGGAUGAUUACCUGCGUACUCGCGCUCGGAUUGUCCAUAGGCGUAGUAAUUGCUGUGGGAAUGCUGCUUUAUUUCCAGGCAACUGCUGUGAUUAGAAACAGAACAGGCAUCGAAGACUGGAUCAUGGAGAAGGCUGUAGUUCGAAGACAAGGGGUAGAUAAGACGUUUCUGUUUCCUUAUGACUUAGGUGUAAAGAAUAACGUGCGACAAGUAAUGAAUCUAACGUGCCAACCCAUCGGCGAUGGAAUUAUGUCGUGGCCUGUUAUAGAAGGAUGCGAUGAGUUUUCGCUUACUAUUGAGCAAAUUGAACAAAAGGCGGAGAAACGAAUGAAAUCGAAAAUGUACAGAGUAGUAAAUCCGGCUUCGGGUUAUUGGUUUCCAUUAUCCUACGGAAUUGGAGUUUGUUUGAGUUAUCCUUUUACUGAUGAGCCGCGUAUAAAGUUAAAUAUCGGCGAUACUGUCGUUGUUACUAGGUGGAGAAAGCAUUGGCUGUUUGGGGAAAGAGUAAAAGGCGACAGGGAUAAACCUACGGGAAGGAUCAGAGGAUGGUUUCCCAGAAAAUGCGCUGUAGAGAUUAUAGAAAACAAUCAGUCGCCUUCGGCUUAUUCUAAUUACAACAAAAAUCGAUUAUUAGAUAGAAAAAUCAAAUAAAUGCGCUGUGAUUUUAAAACAUAUCUUGAUAAUUUAACCAUGACCUUGUACCCCCUAAUCCGCGUCUGUAAUAAACCACUCGACCUUUUAUUACAUAGAUAAAUAUUAUA